GGGUCAGAAAUAUUAUUACAAAAAUUCGUACGGCAUGUUCGUGGGAAAGCUAUGCGGCCUGAUAGCAGUGCUGGCCGUGCCGACGAUUCUGAGGAUCCUCAUGUUCACUCAGAGGUCCUCGGUACCGUUUACCGCCUACAAGAGGUACAUCGCAACAUUACUUCAUACCACUUUGUGGUACGAUAUUAAAUUGACGAAGGAUUCGAGAUCCUGGAAAUCGCUUAUACAAGUGCGCAAACGUCACUUCCAGGCUGGUCAAUCAGCCUGUGCCAAAGGUUUAGGGUCUGUGACCCAAAAGGACUUGGCAUUGACCCAAUUCGGUUUUAUGGGCUUUAUUUUGAUAAGACCAAAAUUUCUGGGCAUACAAUGCGAUGAUAAGAAGGACCGAGAGGCUUUUGUACACGUUUGGAGAUGCGUUGGGUAUAUGAUGGGGCUGGAAGACAGGUUUAAUAUUUGUCGUGACUCUUUAGAAGAAACUGAAGACUUAUGUGAAGUGCUUUUGGCAAAAUAUUUUGCACCAUUGUUAUCAACGUACAACAAAGAUUUUGAGGACAUGUCCAAAGCACUUUUAGAAGGCAUGUGGACCUUUAACCCCUUCAUCCACUUUACAACGUUCAUGUACUUCACGAGACGUUUAUCUGGUGUAUCAGAGUACAAAUUUCCUUUACCCAACAUCGUGGACAAUAACGACAAUAACAAUUUGAAAGAAGACAAUACUAAAAUCAGCAAAAAAUUGUUUGCAACGUCUCAAGAACAUCCCCGGCCACUACUCAUCCAGCGAUGUCAUCACUCCUGGUCAUCUGGCCAGAAACACUCAGGCGAACGUCGCUAA